ACGCGUCGCGUCGGGAAAACAAUGGAGCUCCGUGGAAUUUUGUGAUUUUUAUCGAAUUUUCGUAAAUAAUAUCUUCAGUUUGCAAGUAAAAAGCUUUAAAAAUGACCGGGACGAUAAUCGAGAAUUUGAGUGGGCGGAAAUUGGCCGUGUUAGUCACGUUUUUAUUGCUGUGCCAGAUAACAUGUUUCUUGAUCGGCGGCUUGGUCGCGCCCAUGCCCGCAAACGCACAAAUAAUCCUCGGAACGAUAUGCAAAGAUACUUCUACGGUGAAAAACGACACGACAAAAUGGUUUUACAACCGCGGCAAGGGCAAAUGCAAGGUGGUUGACAUAACUAAUAUGCAUCAAGAUUUGUCGGAGACCGAUAUAGUUUUCGCGUUCCAAAUGCCGGUGCCGCGUGAAAGCAAGAUAUUGGAUUACUCAAGGUGGCAGCAGAACUUGAUCGGCGUGCUUCAGGUGGACAUACGAUAUCACUCGCAGAUGGAGAUCCAGCCGCGUAGCGUGGUGACUAUCGACGCUCGACUCGCGUACCGGAACAAAGGAGACCCCGACGACGCUUGGAAACUCUACACUCAAUCGGUCGAAAAACGUCACCUAGACUGCGAUAUAGACGUGAAAACUGAGGAAUACUUGUACAACUGCUCUGCUAUACCAUUAUUUGAACUUGGUUCUUUGUUCCAUGAUUACUAUCUACUCAAUGUUAGGUUACCCGUUGACACUCCAGAUAUGAAUGCUCAUAUAGGACACAUACAGGACAUGUGGUUAACAGUCAUCAAUCAAAAUGGAGGCUUUACUAAAGUUUGGGUGUCUAUAAAGACUGUUUUCUUCCCGUGUAUUGUUGCCAUACUAGUUUGGUUUUGGAGAAGAAUCCACAUGUUGCAACGCAAACCUGUCCUAUUGGAGAAAAUGCUUCUAGCAUUAGGCAUAGCCCUGUGCCUUCUUAACAUGCCUCUUGAAUACUUCACCUUGCAUUUUGACUUGCCAUUCAUGUUAUUACUAGGAGAUAUAAGGCAGGGAGUUUUCUAUGCUACUCUAUUUUCCUUCUGGCUCAUAUUUGCAGGUGAACAUAUGCUUAUUCAAGAUGCGUCGGCACAGAGCUCCCUCAAACAAUACUGGCGUCAUUUGAGCGCAGUUGCUAUGGGUUGUAUCUCUCUAUUUAUUUUUGACAUGUGUGAAAGGGGUGUUCAACUACGGAAUCCAUUUUACUCAAUCUGGGUCACUGAUUUAGGCACAAAUCUAGCCUUGACAUUCAUAAUAUUGGCGGGAAUAUCUACUGGGGUAUACUUCCUAUUCCUCUGCUACAUGGUAUGGCAGGUUUUCCUCAACAUUUCCCAUAAGCGUGAGUCCCUUCCAACCAUGUGUUCUGUGAGGCGCCUGCACUAUGAAGGGAUCAUUUACCGCUUCAAGUUCUUAAUGUUGGCUACCCUGCUGUGUGCUGCUUUGACUGUCAUUGGUUUCAUUUUGGGCCAGGUGGCUGAGGGCCAGUGGAAAUGGGAUGAGAAUAUUGAGCUGGAAUAUACAUCUGCAUUCUUUACUGGAGUGUAUGGAAUGUGGAAUAUCUACAUAUUUGCUCUGCUGGUGCUGUAUGCUCCGAGUCACAAACGCUGGCCAGUGGCUGAGAAUACAGCUGAUACACAGAACUUGAGUGAGGAGAUUGAGUUCAGUCCUCUGCCAAGUGAGCAUUCAACCAGUGAGAUAUCGUCCCUCACCUCCUUUAUUAGGAAAACUACUAUCGACUAGAUUUGGUAUUUAAUCAUUUCCCAGUACGGAAGGCAACUUUUAAAGUACUUCUCAAAGAAACAGGAAAUCAGUAUUAUGUGAACAAACUCUGUAUUCAAAUAUUUAGUAAGGGAAGUGUAUCCCAUAUUUAGAAUUCUUUAUCUGUGUGUAGCAUUCUUAGUCACAAGCAAUAGUUAGUAAUAAGUCUCGCUCGUAUCUUAGCUUGCAGUGAUAUUCUUUAACAAUUCACAUAUAAAACAGUGUUUCUUAAAGAGUGUUCAUUUGAAACUGAGUGUUAAUUUAACAAAAUUGUCAUGUUAUACAUUAAUUAUUUACGAAAAUAUUUAUGAAGUGACUUACAUGACUAAAGUUUGAGAAACACUGUUUAUACCUGACUAAUCUGACUCACAUUCAACUUUAAACUGGUUUCAUGACCUUGAUACUUAGCUCCUACAUGAUUGUGCUUCCAAAAAUUGAGUAGCCAAAUUCUUGGACCUCUAAAGAUUUAAGUUUUUUUUUUUGUAAAAGUUAAAAGUUAUCCUUGAUUUUGUUUAAGACUGUAACCUAAGUAUUAUUAUGAAAUAACAUUAGAAUUAAGAAUUUUGCCAUCUUAUUUUUAACUUUUUCUGUGAUAAUUUUGAGUUGAAUCUUGCAUUUACAACCAAUUAGAGUUAGAUUUUUGGUAUUUUUUUUAUAAUAUUUAAAUCCAGCACAACUUCUUUUGAUUUAUUAAAGUAAAAAAACCCUAUCAUGUAAGUUUUUUUAUUGUGAAUCUAAUUUAAUGCAUUUGUAAUUUUAUAUCGUGUUAGCCCGUAACUUUAGAAUUGUACGCGAUUAGGCAUUAUUAAGAAUUAAAUUAAUCUUUUCGGAUAUUGUUAUUUUUGUUAUUUGAACACAUUUCGGGCGAAUAUUUUCUGUGAAAAGAAAUUCUGUGAAAAUAUUUGCCCUUCCCUACUGACGUCACAAUUAUUAGUUUCCCUUGUUAUGGGGUUAUGACACAUAAGUUAUUGUUAUUUAUUUAACCCGUAACGUUUUGAUUGACACUCUGAAUAUAAUAAUUAUAUUUUAUAG